AUGCUCCCUCAUUUUGGAGAAUACAUCGUUCUCAAACUCGACCCAGUUGCUUCCCUCAAGCAUCUGGACGAUCCCGAGGUGACGGAGGCUUGCGAAGCCUUGGAGAGCAAGAGUUAUGUUGCAUGCGUAAUUAACCUCCUCUCUUUCCCUUUGCCUGGUGUAGAAUACAUCAACAUUGCCGUGACCCUCGUCUCGCAAGGCCUCCCCAACAGCGACUUGGAUCGUUUUAUUUUACCCGAGAUGUCGGCCCCCAUCCUGCCCAACACUUCUCACCCACUUUUGCGUCCUCCAAUGAAGCCUAGCAACCCUCUUCCUUGGUCGGGCUGUUAUCACCCCACGCAGGCCAUGACACGAUGUCGCAUCCGAAACGAUACCAACAUCGGAGACUCGUGGCCUGAGCCCAAGUACAAAUUAAACGUCCCCGACCGUCUUCGUCUAAGCCAGCAGUACUUCAACGAGGAUGCUGACCGCAGAACUGCUCUGCAACGGGAGAAAACACCUGCGUCGGUCCCUGAUGGUGUCGAGGAUGACGCUAGCCUUGGCCAGCCUGACGAGCGCCAAGCUUCUGCAGUUAAUUCACCUCCCCCCCUGGCGCAGGAGACUGAAAGUCACUCUAUUUGGGGAGUUGAUACCAAGUCCCUUCAAUCGGCCGCUGAAGUUGAAAAUCGACAUUUUGGGGAGGCCAACGGAGCGCAACGUAAAGGAUCUCUCAACGUCUCGUCCUUCCUUCGCUCCGCCUUUGAGAAGGUUCUUCCCUGUAUACCGCGUCUACGCACAGGUCUCUAUGACGACGACGAUAAUGUCUCGACGUUAUCUUUUGACCCUGCUGUAGCCCUCAGCAUGUUCAGUCGGCCCUCCACGGACUUAAGUCCCGUGAUAGUUGUAUCAAAUCAUCUCGAAUCGGUGCAACAGAUAAACGACCCGUGGGACUUCUUCCGCGAGCUAGAAGCUUUGAAAAAAAUUGAAGCAGAAUACCACGAACGCAUCAAUGCUAAGAUCCAGAACGAUAUUGGACGCACACGCCAAAAGGACGAAGAGCUCCAUGUCCGACUUCAGUCUAAACUGCCGAAAGCCCUCCCAGAGGCGGUAGUAGUUCCCGCCUCUUCUGCUGCAGAUGCAAUGCCUUGUUCUGAUGCCUAA